CCCCCACGCAUUGUGCGGGCCAUAUUACGGCUCUGGCCGACUCCUGAUUUUUACCUGAUUUAGCUAAAUAACUAGAUACUUUAGGAAGUGAUUGUCCGGUCAGAGAUAAGAUCCCCUUAGCAGACGCAUUUAUGCCUCGACUCUAUCACAACGUCUGAACCGGACAAACACAGAAACAAGGGUUGUCACCCUACCUGACAAGGAAUUACACCGACCCUCAAAGUGGUGGACAAAUCGAUUGAUAAUUGAUAUGUUAAAGCUUGAGAGUGAUUCUUUGUCCAGAGCAUAAAUUUCGCAUUGCCAAAGGCGCUAUCAGAGGACCACGUGGGCGCCUUCCACCCGUUACAUCUAUAACAUGGCACCUAAAGAUCUCGAGGCAGUCGAUGUCCUGGAGCCAAAAACCACUAAUAUCAGUGUUGCUGAUGGCACAGAUUUGAAAUACAGCGAGCAAGAGCAACGGAAUGUAGGUACUUUACAACGGAAACUAAAGUCCCGACAUGUACAGUUUCUCGCACUUUCUGGGGCUAUAGGUACCGGACUUUUCGUUGGGAGCGGGCAAACUCUCUCACUUGCUGGGCCUUUAUCUGCAGUCAUAGCAUAUCUGAUUACGGGAUUCAACCUUUAUGCGGUUAUCAACAGCAUGGGCGAGAUGGCGACGUGGCUCCCACUGCCCGGUGCUGUGCCCGUUUAUGCAGCACGAUACGUUGAUCCAGCUCUCGGUUUCACUCUUGGGUGGAACUAUUGGUAUCAGUUCGCAAUAGGAGUACCCAUCGAGAUCAGUGCCGCUGCAUUGGUUAUUGAUUAUUGGCCAAAUAGCGUGCCGACUGUCGUGUGGAUCACAAUCCUACUAGUUGCAGUUAUCCUGAUCAAUCUCUUCCCCGUUAGGAUAUAUGGAGAAGUCGAGUUUGCUUUUGGAGCAAUCAAGCUAACAACGAUAUGCGGAUUGAUACUACUUAUGUUGAUCAUUACGCUUGGGGGAGCGCCAACUCAUGACCGCAUUGGUUUUCGCUAUUGGAAGAGUCCUGGCCCGAUGCUAGAAUAUCUCGAACCUGGAGCCCUUGGGCGCUUUUUGGCAUUCUUCAAGGUAUUCAUCAGUGCGACAUUUGCUUAUGGUGGAAGUGAGAUGGUUGUGGUCGCCGCAGGAGAGACUGAAAAUCCCCGACGAAACAUCCCCAAAGCCGUGCGCAGAGUCUUCUGGCGUAUAGCUAUUUUUUACGUGCUCAGCAUUUUCUUAAUUGGAAUUCCAUUUGUUAUCGCAAUGCAAAACGGCGGGAUCAAAAUUCUUCCAUCUAUCAUCAACGCAGUCGUGCUUAGUUCUGCCUUUUCAGCUGGAAAUUCCUUCUUCUAUGCUUCUACCCGGGUUCUUUAUGCCACUGCCUUGGACGGCAAAGCGCCCGGCUUUUUGAAAUUCGAGAAAUUCGGUGUCCCAUACGGCUGCGUCGGGGUAACGACAGCCCUCAGCCUGCUUGUCUACCUGAAUGUCAACGCAAGCGCGUCUGACGUGUUUUUCUGGAUCAGUAACCUCAGUUCGGUCAGCACUCUGGUCGUGUGGACCUCUAUUUCAAUCACAUAUAUCCGCUUCCACAAAGGGAUGGAAUUUCAUGGUAUCCCUCGCUCAUCGCUACCGUUUCGAGCCCCGUUUCAGCCGUAUCUUGCCUGGUUUUCCUGUCUUUUUUCGUCCACUAUAGCAUUCUUCAACGGCUUUGACUGCUUUUUCCCUGGGAAGUUCAGUGCCAAGACUUUUAUUCCCCCGUAUAUCGACAUUCCAAUUUUUGCGUCCUUAUUUUUAGGCUACAAGUUCUUUUAUAAGACGAGGUUUGUCAAGUUAGAAGACAUGGAUUUCUUUUCUGGAAAAGAGGCAGCUGAUCAGCUGGAGGAAACAUGGGAACAGCCCAAGCCGAGAAACUUCCUUGAGAGAAUUUGGUUUUGGCUUGCUUGAUCCUUCUAGUUCUGGGAGGAUAUUUCACGUCGCAGUUGUUCAAGGGCUGUUUUUAGAUAGCAAUUCCCAUCGUUAGCUACAUAUAUAUGGCGUAUACAAAAACCAACUGGUGACUCUUUUUAGAGACUGCUCGCAGGAUAUCGUCGUCAAUUGCCACUACUUGCUGUUUAAUGUGUCUGUUUUAAUGGUUCAGCUUCACAGUGCCAUUGAAUAUUGCCUCGUACGUUCUGCGAUAAAAGUGCUUG